AUGAUGCACAAGUUAUUGGACGAUCGCAGCUCAAUGUCCCCCAGUACACCUCACAAAUCCAAUCUGCAUCAGCCCAGAGCAAAGAAUCCCUCACAAGGACAGCUUGCGGCUCUUUUACACGAAAAGUUGGACUAUGAAUAUGAUCUAUUUGCACCUGCAGAAUCUACGUCGUCCGCCUCAUUUUUCCAAGAGGAUAAUAAUCGCCCAAACAGUGCACCACCUGUGGAUCUUGGUAAAAUCGAACCAGGUUUGCGUCCGCAUAUGCAACCUUGGCAACUGUGGGAAAGAAGCCCUGCAUCAGAUAGCCGUGAAUAUAUGUUACCAGGUGCCCGGAAAGAGACUACAAGCGCCGCUGGACGACCGUAUCAGAAAUAUGAUGAUAUCAUGCAGAAGGAUUUCUCUACUGGUUCAUCUUCCCUGAAUGGCCUUUCACGUCCUCGCUCUCAGCUUGCACGUUCUACUACGCCGAUCAUGGAGAAUGCAGGCUUUGAUCCAUCACAGAAACGUUAUCCUGAGCAUGCCAUGGAUCUUGGUGGCUAUCAGAAACAGACAACAUCAUCAUUUGAUUUAAUGGAAAGCCAUGUAAAGAAUGCCAAUGUGCUUAAUCGUAGCCAUCAUUUCCAACAUGCUAUUCCAACACCACCAUUGAAUCCAAACCUGAGUCAGCAUUCGCCUCCAUUGCGAUCAAGUUCAACACCGCCCAGACCUAAUGGAGUUGGCCUUCACACGCAAGGAAAUAUGCCGGAUCAGACCGACCAACUUGGCAAACAAUUAGGUUCCAUGAUGCUUAAUGAUGAGGAUAUAUAUGGCUUGCCUGAUCAACAAUCAAGUCCCUAUUGGCAACGUCAGCAGCAAUCUCCUGUGCCAAAUUAUUACGAUGGAAGUGCUUUAUCCGCAGCACCUGGUCUUCUCUUACCUUCAGGUCUUGAUCUUUCGGGUGACGAUGCGUUAACUUAUGGGCGGCUUGAUUACAUGGACCCUGCAGGAUAUGGCAUGCCAAUGAAUGACCGAAAGUUAUUGCAACAACAAUUACUUAUCCAGCAGCAACAACAACAACUUCUUGCAGCAAGACAACAAUUGUUGCUUCAGCAGCAGAUGCAAACGUUGGACUCACCACAAUUGAAUCGCUUGCGUGCCAUGGCUUCUAACAACGCACCACUACGUGUAUCUCAGGAUAUGGCUCUCAGUAUUCAAAGCAGGCUUUUGACAGAAUUCAGAAACUCUAAGAGCAAAAAAUACGAGCUUAAGGAUAUUGCUGGUCAUAUUGUUGAGUUUAGUGGUGAUCAGCACGGGUCGCGAUUCAUUCAACAAAAGUUGGAAACAGCUAAUAGCGAGGAAAAGCAAAUGGUGUUUGAGGAGGUCCUCCCUAACGCGCUUCAGUUGAUGACCGAUGUGUUUGGAAACUACGUCUUGCAAAAGUUUUUUGAGCAUGGCAAUCAAGCGCAAAAGACAAUUCUUGCCAAGCAAAUGGAAGGCCAUGUAGUAUCGCUUUCGUUACAAAUGUAUGGGUGCCGCGUAGUUCAAAAGGCGCUGGAACAUGUAUUGACCGAGCAACAAGCGAGACUUGUUAGUGAAUUGGAUGGUUGUGUUUUGAAAUGCAUCAAAGACCAAAACGGUAAUCAUGUUAUCCAAAAGGCUAUUGAGCGUGUUCCUGCGCAAUACAUCCAGUUUAUCAUUGAUGCAUUCCAUGGACAAGUGUAUAAUUUGGCAACCCAUCCUUACGGGUGUCGUGUCAUCCAGCGGAUGUUUGAGCACUGCAGCCAAGUGGAAACAACUCCUCUUUUAGAGGAAUUGCAUCGAUGCACCCAACAAUUGGUACAAGAUCAGUACGGAAAUUAUGUGAUCCAACAUAUCCUUGAACGAGGACGACCUGCUGAUAAGUCGGCUAUCAUCACCAAGAUCAGAGGCCAAGUUCUCCCUCUGAGCAAGCAUAAGUUUGCAAGCAACGUGGUGGAAAAAUGCGUCGACUUUGGUACCAAAUCCGAGCGUCAAGAGUUAAUUGAAGAAGUGUUACAAAACAGACCUGACGGUUCUUGUCCUUUGGUGAUCAUGAUGAAAGACCAAUACGCCAAUUAUGUGGUGCAGAAAAUGUUGGAUGUAGUUGACCAAGAUCAACGCGGCCUUUUAAUUGCUCGGAUUAGACCCCAUCUACAGUCCUUAAAGCGUUUUACGUAUGGCCGUCAUCUGCUUCUUAAAGUGGAAAAGUUAUUGCAAGCAACCGGCUUGGGUGGUUUGGAGACGGAUAUUGACGGUGUCGCUGGAUCUGGUGUAUGUGAUACAACCGUUACAAAGCAGUGA